CCGCAAGUCCUCCAAACUCAUGCAGAAGGACCCGGGGCAGAAGACGCCGCCGGAGAAGAAGAGGCUGAAAGGGAUCGAGGAAUUUAUGCCAAUCGAAGAGGACCCGGGGAAGGACAGUGUGCUGAAAGGAGAUGAUAUCAUGGCCCUGGCUAUCAAGAAGGUUGAUUUGGAAAAGCUUCACUACCCAAAACUGACUAGAACCAAGUCGUUUGUCAAAAGCACUCUGGUGAUUCGAAAACCAAGGCCAAACGAGGAUAAAGUGAAGAAACUUGUGGCCAAACCGACUUUGGUUGAAGAAAUCAUUAAAUCUGUGGACUACUCAGGUCCGGGAGGGCCACGGUUCGAUGCCCAGGGACGAAUCCUGCCCCACAGCAUCCUGGGAAGGUUGGAGGACUUCAGGCGUGAAUUGCUUAGAAGAGGAAAUGAGGAGUUAGCAUCCCUCAUCCCCACCAGCCUCCAAACUGAACCCAAACCACCAGUUCUGAGCAAUUACAAGAAGAAAGCCAGGCUUCAUGCUGGUUACAAAGCCCAUCAUCAGGAGAGUGCCCUGGAGAACUGGCAACAGCACAUGGCAGAUAGAAAGAAGCAACAGGCAAAACUCGCUCGGUUGCUGCAGAAGCCAUCUACUCAAUUGCUCAUCAAUCAGUCAGAGGAUUUGGGGCAAAUGAAACUUAACUACCAUCUGAUUGAUCUCAGCAUUGCCCUACAGGGCCACGGCAAGGGCUACCAUGUGGGGAGCGAGUUUUGGCACCAGCCACCAUUGAUUGGCGAUGAGCUGAGUGGCCUGAUGCUAACCUUGAACCAGACAGAGCGUGGUUAUCCACCACCUCUAAUUCAUGUCGGAAAAUCAUUGGCGAUAAAGCAGGAGGAAGGUUCAAACUUCCCCAAAGGCGGAAAAUCUGUUGCCAAGAGCAAAAGUGAAAGCCUCUACUUGAAGCAACGAUUGGACAACGUGAAGUCUGUUCUGAAGGAGAUGGACCUCAGGGAGCCAGAGAUGGAUCACCUGGAUGUGAUUGGCCGAGGAUUUCCCCUCUCCUCCGUGGAGGUGCAGCAGCUUCCUAUCGAGGAGGAAUAUAAUGAAGCCAUAGAAAAAGAGAACAUUGAUCCGCUGAAGGAUUUUCCCGAUGUGGUUGAGGAGCCAAUCAUUGGUCCGUCCAUCCGGUUCUGUGGUCAGCCGGUCCGUUGGCUGGGUGGCAAAGGCUCCCGUAAGGUAAAGCAGUUGAUCACCAACACGGAAUCACAGGACAAUGAGACCUGCAGUGCAUUUCACAAAGUCGUAGAACAUUCAUCAGUGUUGGACACUUGUGAGAAUGAGGUUGGGAUGGUUGUCCGGCUCACAUUUGAGGCAAUGGCUGGUGAAAAGGCCACUUCCUAUAUGGAGAUCUUAAAUGAUGGAACCACAGCCAUCUUCUACAGGUGGAAACACUUACCACAACACUGCUGUUUUAAGAAGGUCAGCAACGACUAUUGGGUGCAACGGUUCUACUUCAACACCAAUGGAGGAGUCAUUCUGCCCGGAGAAAAUAUUAUCUUUACAUUGAUAUUUAAGUCUGAAAAUCCUGGGAUUUUCAAUGAUUUGUGGGAGUUUUCAACCCAUCCGGUCCUGCUUGGAGGAGCACCUCUGCGAGUGGGGCUGUGGGGAGUGGCUUUGUAUGAAGACAAGACCGAGAGUUUAAGACGACGGCUGCAGGAAGAACUUGAAAGGAAAGAGAAGAUGACCAUUGUUAACUAUUUAAUAAAUGAUGUGAUCUCUGGGGUGCGAACACCAGACCGCUCACGAUCUCCUAUUGAAGCUUACUACACUGAAGAGGAAAUCUUCCACAGGAAAAACCCCAAGCUCUUCUACAAUCACCCGGUGGUGGAGAGCAUCAAACAGUUAUGGGACCAGUGCUUUGUGAAGAGGGAAGAGGAGGAGAAAGGUGGACCUGACACGACCAUCCCGCCCACAACAGUGGCAGCAUCUUCUCAGGAGCUGAGACCUUCCUCAGAACCCAAAUCCACACAGAACGUGUCUUCCAUCGAUGACAUGACAGUCCAGGACAAACACUCUGCAGAGUUUUCUGACGACAACGCUGUGCAGACCUCGUCCUCCACUGACUUGAAAGCCGAUUUUGACAGAAAGUCGUCCAUGGAGAUAAAAGUUGAUUCUGAUUCCGAACUCAAACAUAUGUCUGACGCCAGAUCCUCUUCCGAGAUGAAACAAGGCUCAGACACCAAGUCUUCUUCAGAUCCCAAACAUAGCUCGGAAACAAAGUCUUCUGCAGAGCUCAAGAGUGCUUCAGACACUGAGCCCAAAUCCUUUACAGACAACAAGAGUUCUGAGGAGGUGAAAUAUUUUAUGGAACUGGAACCAUCUGCUGAAGUGAAACCUGAGGAAAACUUUGUGUCUGGCACAGCAACGCCAUUCGAAGAACCACAACCAAAGUGGGACCUGUCCAUCGAUUCCUUUUACAAGGAGAUCCUGUCAGCAUUGGACGAUGUGACACAGCAGGAGGAAGCUCUGGAAAAGCUCAACUUGAAAGUGUUUAAACUAUCGACACCCUCUUUCCAAACUCAAGAGGACAUCCUCUACAAAGUGUUUUACCAGCUGUGGGUGGGGACGGUAGAUGAGCUGGUGAGCUGCUCGCUGUUGCACAGGGAGCGGGCGGGCAUGCCCGAGAAGUUUGGAGAAGGUGGAUUCGUCUUUGAAGAAACGGAAGUGAAGAAAUCUGGGAAAACCACAAAAACAGUUGACCGGAAAACUAUCAUCAAAGAAAAGGACGAUAAAAAGAAAAACACCAAAUUGGCUGGGAGAGAGGAAGAGAAGGAGGUUUUUUACAAGCGACCGACCAGCAGGAAAGGAAAGCACCGAGAGGAUAAAAGAAUGACAAGUGGCUCGAUGUCUCAGGAGUCUGACCGUAGCCUAGGAUUCAAGAACAGUAUGGACCAGCAGCAGCUUCAGCAUUUCCAGGUGGACCCCGCAGUGCAGGAGAAGUACAAGGAGAAACUGUACACAGAGUCCUACGCGCUGAUCUCGGGCAUGCUGCUGGACAUGUAUCUGCUGUUCGAGGAGCUGAAGAAGAGGAACCAGGUGCCGCUGGACAGGUGCACGCGGGCAGCUCCCACCUGCGACUAGUGAGGCCACAGCACACUCACACUCACCACCUGCCGAUGUGUAAACGCUGCUGCAAAACUACUUUAUGCUUCACUUAUUUAAACUCAAACUGACACAAAAAUCUGUUUUUUUUUUUGCAAACCUGAACAAAUAAAGAUUCA